AUGUGGAUCGUCCCUGAUUAUAAUAUUACGGAGUUCGUAAAAACGCUAAAAACCCUCGUCAAAAUUGGUCCUCACGUUCAAAUCGAGCCGUAUGACGUCCAAGGAUUAAAGCUUCAAACGUCAAAUAUCUCCCGAUCAGUUUGUAUGCAAAUGAUUCUUACCCCCGAGUUCUUCGACAUAAGCGAAAGUUACAACACUUCGCAAUCACAAACAUCCGUGUAUUGCGAUGAUGUCAAGAUCAGUCUCCCGCUGCGCUACUUGAUCAAAGUUUCAGCUAUGAACAUCUCGAAAUUCCUUGAUAAAAUCGAAAUCGACUUCUCGGCGGAACAUUUUUCAUACAAAUUCAUCGGCACGAAACAUUGGACGAAACACUACGACUUCGAAGUGUAUGACCCGGACAACCUCGCUUCUACUUUCGACCUCGAGGAAAGAGUUCCAUUUAUGGUCUGCCCACUGUCAGUAAUCGAUGGAGAACUCUCUACCUUUCCUCGCGGGAUUCUGGAAGCGACUAUGUACAUGGAUGAUGGAAAACUGCAUCUCAAAUCGUACGAUGAAAACACUGUCAAAUCGAGUGUCAAGUCCCAGGUCGCGAUAACAUCCGAAGAGUUGGAGAUCUUCCAGCCGAUGAGUGACCAUCUGACGUUUUCAUUGAAAGAGCUUCGAGCAGCUGUAAAACUAUGGGAAGAUUUGAUGGAAGAUGCUGAAGUAAAAGUCUUCGAAGAGGGUCAAGGUUGUCCCUUGGUUUUCAAAGUUGAGUCGGACAAUUUCAUCUCUUCGAUUGUCACAGCCACACUGAGCUCGGACAUAUCAAAGACAAUCAAUAUAACUCGUGUUCACAGCGACGAUUCCUUCCUUGACUCUACUAAGUCUGAAAUAAUCCCUGCGAGUGGGAGCGGAAGAAGAAGUCCUCUCAUGCUAACGCAGGCCGAUAUUCUGAACGCAUCAAGGCUAACCGAGACCCGUGAUCAAUACGACUUGUCAUCCUAUAAUCGACGUCAAUAUCAGCCUGAACAGCCUUCUUUUCAGCCCAGUUCUAGUCAAUUCGCGUCGCUAAAUAAUAGCCGUAGUGGAGCGGACUUGCUUUUCGGCGAUAGCUCCGACAGCGACGAUUCAACAAAUGACGCUUCUCUUUACGGCAUUAAACGAAAUGUCGGAGGCCGAAUGAUGGAUUCAGAAAUGGAAGAUACAGCUUCUCAAUACUCAUUCCAAAGUCGCCAGACUGUCCUCGCAGAGGACUCGGACUAA